AAAUUUUUUGAAGGAAAUAACAUGGUUUCUCGUUCUAGUGUGGCCUCUUUCUUUCUCUUUUUUCCUACUUUCUUCCAUUUGUUCUCCCUUUCUUUAUUAUUUCUUUGUUAGCAUCAAAAUAUUAUGAAAACAGUUUAUUUGAAAGACAACCAAAAAUAAAUUUUAUCUUUUCCAGCUUUCUUUUUUGAUUUAUGUAACUCAACUUUGCUUUCUCCUUCUUCUAAGGCUAAAUUUUGAUCCACUUUUUUCAAAAUCCAAAAUACCAGAUCAGUUCAACUUCUAAAAUCACCUAAUCUACGGAUCUACAAUCUUCCUUACUCUCUCCAAACUUGAUCUAUCUCUGGAGAACGAGAUAGAGAUGAGAGAGAUUCAGUUACAGUUGAGUCAAACUCAGAAGGUCCGUCUACAGAAGGCUCUAGAACACCUGGAAUCUCUAUCUUCUAAGGUGAAUUCCGAUGCUUCGGUGACCAUAGCAGAUUCUAUACCUGUCAACCAUGAAGACGGCGUGCUCAAGGGACACGGAACUGCCGUUCUGGAGGGAGAAGUCGUUGCCACGCUCUGUGGUGUUGUCGAGCGUGUUAACAAGCUUGUUUAUGUCCGCACGUUGCGGUCAAGGUACAAACCUGAGGUUGGUGACAUUGUUAUUGGGCGUGUCAUUGAGGUUGCUCAGAAACGUUGGAGAUUGGAUAUUAAUUACAGUCAAAAUGCUUAUCUGAUGCUUUCUGCUAUGAAUAUGCCUGAUGGUGUACAGAGGCGAAGGACAGCUUUGGAUGAACUAAAUAUGCGCUGUAUUUUUGAGGAGGCAGAUGUCAUUUGUGCCGAAGUUCGUGGUUUUCAGCAGGAUGGCUUACAUCUUCAAGCAAGAAGUCAAAAAUAUGGAAAGCUUAGUACUGGUCAACUGAUUACAGUCACACCUUAUUUAGUGAAGAGACAGAAACAACAUUUCCAUCAUCUGGAGCAGUAUGGAAUUGAUUUAAUAAUUGGCUGUAAUGGAUUCAUAUGGGUUGGGGAACAUGUUGAAGUCAGAGAUGACAUGGUAGAAGAUCAAGUGAGCCAAUCUGAUCCACAAGUUUUAAUUCCCAAUAAAAAUUCUGUGAGUCUUGAAGAACAAGAGAAAAACUAUACGGCAUUGGAGACAAGAAAACACAUAUGCAGGGCUGCUAAUGCUGUUAGAGUAUUGUCCACUUUAGGUUUCAUUAUAACUUUGGAAAUCAUCAAGGGAGUUAUUGAUCUAAGUCUUUCUAUGAAUCUUGAUAUACACGACAUGCUUGGUUCAGAGUUCUGUGUUCUGGUUGCCGAAAAAGAGGCAGAAAGAAGAAGCUCAAAUAAAAAGAAGCGGUAGAUUGUGAAAUCGUGGUUAUUAUAAAAGCCAAGUUUUAUUAUUCCUUUGCUCGUCUGCAAAUUGGGUAAAGAAGAGUAAAGGAAUCCUUCUAUUUGUAGCAAGUUUUUCUUCAAUCAAGUUGGAUGGACUUAUUUUUUAUGUUAAAGCUAUUGCACCUGCAGAGAUGUUAAAGCAGGUAUAAUGAAAUUGGGUGAACUGUUUUUCCGAUUGGCCGUUUUGCUACCUUGCUUUUCAGGAUUCACACGAAGUGACCUGUGGCCCUUGUCUGUAUUGUUUGCAUAGUCUUAUGGGUUGUUUUUGGAUCUUCGAUUUGUAUACUGAAUUAGUAUUUUUUUUUGGAAAAGUAUACUGAAUUAGUAUUGAUACUUUCAUUAUAAUUUACAAACGUA